AUGACUCCGGCACCGAGCAAUCUGGGAACUGCUGAGGGAUUUUCUCAACUCCUUAUCAGUGAUCCUUCCAAGUCCACUGGAUUGGCUGCCAUAGAAACGUUGUUCACGGCACUUGAAAAUAGUCGAGCCACUACCGUAAAUGAGUUAAACAAAGAAUUGACCGAAAUCGUCAGUGGUAUGGCAAAGACGGAUUAUAGCUCAACAUCCAUAAGAAGUGCUACGGACCUAUUCCGAAGGUUUAUCACUCUUGCCCCUCCUGAGCUGCUAGAUCAACGGGAUUUUUCGAAAGUUCUGGCUUUCUAUAGACAGCGGGGAAAGAUAUUUAUUGAAAGAGUGGCAAAAUCAAGAGCGAUGAUUGCUAAACAUGCUAGACCGUUUUUCAGAAAUAACAUGAAUAUAUUAACCCAUUCAUAUAGCAAAGUAGUGUUGGAAUCGCUAACCGCCGUUCACAAAGCAGGGACAUUCGUUCACGUAUGGGUAACGGAGUCACAACCUGAUGCUUCAGGUGCCAGGAUGUAUGAGGCUCUUCAUAACGAGGGUAUUAAGGUCACUUUGAUUCUAGAUAGUGCCGUAGGUUAUUUAAUGGAACGUAUUGAUUUGGUUAUUGUUGGUGCCGAAGGUGUUAUGGAAACUGGCGGAAUUAUUAAUAAGAUAGGAACUCUCAAUGUGGCAAUUUGCGCUAAGACAAUGAAUAAGAUCUUCUUUGUGAUGGCUGAAAGUAUUAAGUUCGUCAAGGAGUAUCCACUUAACCAGGCUGAUAUUCCAGAGGAGUUCAAGUAUCGCACGUCCGUUUUGGAGAAUGGUGACCUAUCCAUUGAACAUCCAUUGGUUGAUUACACUCCUCCUCAGUAUAUCAAUCUGUUGUUCACGGAUCUUGGUAUCCUUACACCAGCUGCAGUUGGAGAAGAAUUGAUAAAGCUGUACACAUGA